GUGCCUUCUCCUUCCAUCCGAAUCCGCCUGACCGAAGGCGGCGAGGUGUCUCUCCCGACUGGGGAUCCCCUUGCCGGCGUUGCUCCCGCUGGCGCCGUCGCCGCCAUCCUGGAUGGGCGGGAAGUGGAUCUCGCCUACUGUCCCGAGUCCGACGCUGACGUGCGGUUCCUUACGCCAGCAGAUGCCGGCGGGCUCCAUGUGUUUCGCCACAGUUCGGCGCACCUUCUCGCCGCUGCGGUAAAGGAUCUGUUUCCCGAGGCGCGCUAUGGAAUCGGCCCGCCGAUAGAGGGCGGGUUCUACUACGACUUCCGGGUCGAAGAACCUUUCUCCCGCGAGGACCUCGACCGCAUCGAAGUGCGAAUGCGCGAGUUGGUCAAACAGCGCAUCCCGUUUGAGCGCGAGAUCCUCGACAAGGACGACGCCAUUCGCGUCUUCGAGGAACAGGGGGAAUUCUUCAAGGUAGAGCUCGUCCGCGAAAAGGGAGAUGCGCGGGUUUCGUGCUAUCGGGUCGGGGAUUUCUUUGACUUUUGCGAGGGGCCGCAUGUGCCGCACACCGGGGUGAUUCGAGCCCUGAAGGUGCUAUCGAGUUCGAACGCCUACUGGAAAGGGGACUCGAGCGGGAUUCCGAUGCAGCGGAUCUACGCCACGAGCUUCACCGACAGGAAGGAGAUGGCGGCCCACCUUGCCCGCCUGGAGGAGGCGAAACGCCGCGACCACCGCCGGAUCGGUCGCGAUCAGCGCCUCUUCCUGAUUCUCCCGGAGGCUCCCGGUCAGGUGUUUUGGCUCCCCGCGGGGAUGGGAGUGGUCAACCGGUUGCUCGAUUCCAUGCGCGAAAAGCUGGAGCGGCGUUCCUACCAGGAGAUCCGCACUCCGUUGAUCCUGAAUGAGUCGGUCUGGGCCCGCAGCGGCCAUCUCGAUCACUAUCGGGACAACAUGUUCUUCAUCGAGUCGGACGAGAACCGUUUCGGAAUCAAGCCGAUGAACUGUCCGGGUGCGGCGCUCGUCUACCGCUCCGACAUCCGUUCGUACCGCGAUCUGCCGCUCCGUCUUUCGGAGUUCGGCCACUGCCAUCGUUUCGAACCCUCGGGCGUUCUUUCGGGCCUCACCCGGGUGCGCGCCUUCACCCAGGACGACGCCCACGUCUACUGCCGGCUCGACCAGGUAAGGGCGGAGGUCGUGGCCCUGGUGGAUCUCGUGAAGGAGGUCUACGGCGAGUUCGGCUUUGAGGACAUCCAGAUCGAGGUGUCGACCCGACCCGAAAAGUCGGUCGGUACCACCGAGAGCUGGGAACAGGCGGAAGUGGCGCUGGUGGAAGCCCUCACCGAGUCCGGAGAUGCGUGGUCGGUGAAUUCGGGAGAUGGCGCGUUCUACGGCCCCAAGAUCGACUUCCAUGUCCGUGACGCCCUGCGCCGCAGCCACCAGUGCGCCACCAUCCAGCUCGAUUUUUCCCAGGCUCCGGCUUUCGAUCUGUACUACGCGACCGAAGACGGCGGGCGCGAGCGCCCGGUGGUGAUUCAUCGGGCCAUCCUGGGUUCGGUGGAACGCUUUUUCGCGCUCCUCCUCGAGCACACCGCGGGAGCCCUGCCGGUCUGGAUCGCGCCGGUCCAGGCAAUGCUGAUUCCCAUUGCCGAUCGGCAUCAGGCGGCGGCGGCGGAAGUAGCCGACGCGCUCCGGGCUGAGGGGUUCCGGAUCGCCGUUGACGACCGCCGGGAGAAGAUGGGCUACAAGAUCCGCGAAGCGGAAGUGGCGCGGGUUCCGUUCAUGGUGGUGCUCGGCGACCGCGAAGUGGAAGAAGACACCCUGGCGGUGCGCACCCGGGGUAAACGGGGCCAGGAAAUCCUGACGACCGCCGCCCUUGCCGACCGGCUAGGGGAACUCACAAAGAACAGGUCGCUCACUCCGUGA